AUUCAACCAUGCCGGCUGGGAGCCAGGAAUCUGAAUGUACUCUGAGUUAUCAGGUACUGUGACCUCUGAAAAACGUGCGUUCGAGCAGAACUACCUGUAUUCGUUUCAUCUAUGGUCCUUGGAGCCAAUAAGGAGAUUGGACUGGAAUCUGGUUCUUGGCAGAGACAUGAUGAAGAGGCUGUGGUGGACCAAGGUGGAACUAGUUCAAUUCUCAACAUUCACUAUGAAAAAGAAGAGCUAGAAGGGCAUAGGACCUUGUAUGUUGGAGUGCGUAUGCCUUUGGGUAGACAGAGUCACCGACACCACAGGACCCAUGGAUCAAAGCACAAGAAGCGAGAGAGAGUGAAAGGUGCCAUCCAGGAGGAAGAAAAGGACAUUCUCCCUUAUGACACUCCUUCCCAGCGAGUUCAGUUCAUUCUGGGAACUGAAGAUGAUGAAGAUCAUGUUCCACAUGAACUCUUCACAGAGCUUGAUGAAAUAUGCAUGCGAGGGGGUGAAGAUGCCGAGUGGAAGGAGACUGCCAGGUGGUUGAAGUUUGAGGAAGAUGUUGAGGAUGGUGGAGACCGUUGGAGUAAACCGUAUGUUGCCACAUUGUCAUUACACAGCCUGUUCGAGUUGCGGAGCUGCAUCAUUAAUGGAACUGUCUUGCUGGACAUGCAAGCAAAUAGCAUCCAAGAGAUUGCAAAUAUGAUCCUUGAUCAUCAGGAAGCAUCCAUGGAACUGGAUGAAAGCAUUCGUAUGAAAGUGCGUGAAGCUCUUCUGAAAAAACAUCACCAUCAAAUUGAGAAGAAAAGAAAUAAUCUCAUUCCAAUUGUUAGGUCUUUUGCUGAAGUUGGGAAAAAGCAAUCUGAACCUCAUUCCAUGGACAAAGCUGGUCAAAUGUUAUCCCCACAGUCCAUUCCAACUCAUCUUGAAGUUAAAAAUGGAGUCAACAAUGACAAUGCAAAUGUUGAGUCAAGCAAGGUUGAUCUCCAUUUCAUGAAGAAGAUCCCUAUCGGUGCUGAAGCCUCCAAUGUCCUGGUUGGUGAGCUAGAUUUUCUCAACCGGCCAAUUGUGGCAUUUGUACGUCUCUCUCCAGCUAUCCUUCUCACAGGACUUACUGAAGUUCCAAUACCUACCAGAUUCCUUUUCAUUUUGCUUGGACCAGUUGGAAAGGCACAGCAAUACCAUGAGAUUGGUAGGUCUAUGGCCACUAUAAUGACUGAUGAGAUUUUCCAUGAUGUAGCCUACAAAGCCAAGGAUCGCAGCGAUCUUCUUGCUGGGAUUGAUGAAUUUCUUGAUCAGGUGACUGUUCUGCCCCCUGGUGAAUGGGACCCCUCCAUUCGAAUUGAACCACCAAAAAAUGUUCCAUCUCAGGAGAAACGGAAGCAGCCAGGGAUCCCAAAUGGUAAUGCUUGCCACAUUGAGCCUGAACCACAAGUGGGCCACACUGGUCCUGAACUGCAGCGCACAGGAAGGCCAUUUGGGGGUUUGAUCCUUGAUAUUAAACGGAAGAUGCCUUUUUUCUGGAGUGACUUCAGGGAUGCCCUUAGCUUGCAGUGUGUGGCGUCCUUCCUGUUCCUGUACUGCGCCUGCAUGUCUCCUGUAAUCACGUUUGGUGGCCUCUUGGGAGAAGCAACAGAUGGAUGCAUUAGUGCAAUAGAGUCCCUAUUUGGGGCUUCCAUGACUGGAAUUGCUUAUUCUCUCUUUGCUGGGCAACCUCUCACUAUAUUGGGCAGUACUGGUCCUGUGCUAGUGUUUGAAAAGAUUUUGUUCAAAUUCUGCAAGGAUUAUGACUUGUCCUACCUUUCCUUGAGAGCGAAUAUUGGACUCUGGACAUCAUUCAUGUGUAUCUUGCUUGUUGCCACAGAUGCAAGUUCUCUUGUCUGUUACAUAACUCGUUUUACUGAGGAGGCAUUUGCCUCUCUCAUAUGUAUAAUUUUCAUCUAUGAAGCCCUGGAAAAGCUGAUCCAUUUGGGAGAAAUUUACUCUUUCAAUAUGCAUUCAGAUCUGGACCAGCUUACUCAAUACUUCUGUAUAUGCACAGAGCCUCCUAAUCCUAACAACAGAACUCUAGAGUACUGGGAGAAGCAAAAUAUUACAAGCUCGACAAUCCCUUGGGCAAAUCUGACUGUCAGUGACUGUAGGGCAUUUCAUGGUGAAUUUGUUGGCCCUUCAUGUGGACCCCAUGGACCAUACACCCCAGAUGUCCUCUUCUGGUCUGUUAUACUAUUCUUUUCAACAUUUGCCCUAUCAGGGUUCCUCAAACAGUUUAAAACAAGUCACUAUUUCCCAACUAAGGUACGGUCAACGAUAAGUGACUUUGCUGUUUUCCUGACUAUCUUGUCCAUGGUUCUUAUUGAUUGCGCCCUGGGAAUACCAUCACCAAAGCUUCAAGUUCCCAGCAUCUUUAAGCCAACAAGAGAUGAUCGUGGGUGGCUAAUUAACCCCAUCGGCCCAAAUCCCUGGUGGACUGUCAUUGCUGCCAUUAUCCCAGCUCUACUCUGUACUAUUCUUAUUUUCAUGGACCAACAGAUCACUGCUGUCAUAAUAAACAGGAAGGAACACAAGCUGAAAAAAGGAUGUGGCUAUCACCUUGACCUCCUGAUAGUGGCUAUAAUGUUGGGUGUAUGUUCAAUCAUGGGUCUACCCUGGUUUGUAGCUGCAACUGUUCUCUCCAUCUCUCACGUGAAUAGUCUGAAGCUAGAAUCAGAAUGUUCAGCUCCUGGUGAACAGCCAAAAUUCCUUGGCAUUCGAGAACAACGUGUCACCGGUCUGAUGAUCUUCAUUCUCAUGGGCUGCUCUGUCUUUAUGACUACUUUCUUAAAGUUCAUUCCAAUGCCUGUGCUUUACGGAGUCUUUCUUUACAUGGGGGUUUCGUCGCUGAAAGGAAUUCAGUUCUUUGAUCGUCUGCAACUAUUUGCGAUGCCAGCCAAACACCAGCCGGACUUUAUCUACCUGCGUCAUGUGCCUCUGCGCAAAGUUCACCUUUUUACUCUCGUACAGCUCACCUGUCUAAUCCUACUGUGGGUCAUCAAAGCCUCACCUGCUGCUAUUGUCUUUCCCAUGAUGGUAUUAGCUCUAGUUUUUGUUAGAAAAUUGAUGGACCUUUGCUUUCUGAAGCGCGAGCUAAGCUGGCUUGAUGAUUUAAUGCCUGAAAGUAAGAAGAAAAAAUUAGAUGACGCCAAAAAAGUCAAAGAGGAUGGGGAAUCGGAGAAAAUGCUGGAACCAGGGGACAGUGGUGUGCAGCUACCAAUGGAAAGUAGAAAACUGCUUCAGAGUCCAGUAAAGAGUAAUAUUUAUAGGUGUGAUCCAUCUGAAAUUAACAUCUCUGAUGAAAUGUCCAGAUCUACAGUUUGGAAGGCACUUAGUAUGAAUACAGAGAGCAACAAAACUAAGGAUAACCUGACUUCAAAAAGCAGUUCCAUUCAAAAACCGAUGUAAAAUGAUGUUCCUUGGAUCAGGAUUAAAUCCAAACCUUGAUAAAGAAGGAUGAAGUUCUAAUUGACUCAGGGAAGAGCCAAAACAGAAAGAUUUGCAAUUAAAUAUUCGCAAUGCAUCAUGGAAGAUCCUUGGAAACUAAAACAAGUUGAAGGCAGCACAUUGUCCUUUUAAGUACUCAGAACCCCAAUAAGGCCUUUCAAAAAGUCCAACAUUUUAAUGAAUUUUAAUUUUUUUUGCAAAUCAUUAGGUUGGCCAGAAGUUAACAAAAGUUUAAAUUCUUGGAGGAAAAUCAGUGUAAUUUUGCAUAUUUUUAAAAUUUUCAGUUUUUUAAUAAAAAGCCUGACUGACAAAAAUCAACCUUUGAAAGGUUUUCAUCUCUAACCAGCAUAUAAUUUGAGAUGUUUGAUAUAUAGACUAAGAAUUAGAUUUGUUAUAUGUACUGUAUCACAAUUAUUGUGAUUAUUAGUGCUGUUUAAUGAUUUCUACACUUCAAUGUGUUUUCAUGUCUCUGCAUGAAAAAGUUCUAGACUAUCAAAAGAUGUUUACAUGUACCUUGAUCACUAAAUGUUACCUUACUAAGUAAUAAAGCAACUUGCUGUGCAAUAUACUGUACAAAUUAAAGUCACUACUAACAUACCACAUGGCCAGUUAUAUAAAAUAAUGUUGAGAAUGUUCUCUAAUUCCUUACCAAUAGAGUUUUGAGAGGCCUCUGUCACUUGUACCCCUCAUCAGCCUGCUAGCAGUAAUAUCCCUAUUAAGCUCCUUGAGCAGACAAAAACAUGGUUACCAAUUGCAUGGCAUUACAAUGAAAAGCAAAAUCUUUUUUCCUCAAGUGACAAGUAAUUUGCUGUAGGGAAUAAUUUUUUUGAAACCCUAAAAUGGUACAAUUAUAUUUAGACACUUUCAAAAAAUUGACCUGUAAAAACAUGCUAAAUGAAGUGCAAAAUAGAGAAAUGUAUCUUUACAUUAAUUUAAGCUGCUUCCACCAAGAUCAUGUACAAAAUCUCCCAAAGACUUAACAUUUAACAUUGCUAGAAAAGAUUGUCAUAGACAAUUUUAUUAACUGUUUCUUAAAUCAAUUCUUUUGAGAUGAUGGAAGAUUUCAGAGUGCAAUAAUAUAGCAAUACACAAAGCAUUACUGUUUAUACUUGGUGCCGUGGAAGCAAUAGCAGAAAAUCAUUAAAUGGGAUAGAAUUAAAAAUGUAGAUUCCACCCUUUGCCAUUUGUUUGGAUGUGAUUCCUAUGCAAGUGUCAUGAUGGUAAUCCUGUUCCAAAAAAUCCAAAUAAGCUGUGGGUAAAUCAUGAGGUUGCUGCUGAACACUAAUAUCCACAGCCAAAUGAGGUUGUCAAAUAUUCUUUCAAAUCACUGUCCCUGAACUCAGUCAAGAUGUCUGAAAGGGUUUUUAAAGAAAAAUGGUAGAGGGGGAAGGGGAUGAAAAGACAAUGCUUUGGUGGGAGCUAGGGACAGGAUGUCUCCACUCCUCCGAGGGCUAUUGAUCAAGCCUAAGUUUUGGCUGAGGUAUUGCAAUUGUUCUUGUAUCUUCUAAGAUUAAAAACUAUGCUGAUUGCAGGCUGUUGAGGGCACCUGGCAAUAAAAACAAAUCUCUCCAUUCUAAUGGUAAAACUCAUUACUUUAGAUACUUCAGUUCACAACUCCAGAAUUCAUUACUGUUCUGUCACGUGUAGAACAUUUGUUUGUCUGAUUUCCUGGAGAAACACAGCUAACCAAGCAAUUGCCAUGAUUUUAUGAUUUUGAAUGUAAUACAUACCAAAAGAAAAUAAAAAUAAAAUAUAUCCUUACUGAAUUUAAAAAAAGUGCAGGCACAAAUUUUUAAUAUAGCUUCUUUCUAGUGAACUACAUGUAGAAAUAGAGACUCAUUAUUUUAUUUAGAGAAACUUAAAGAAAUAUAUUAAUAGAUUAUUUUGUUGCAGAAAACCUAUAGUCUUAUGACACUUGUAAUGUAAAUAAGUACAAGCAGCAAUCCGAUCCACUUGGUCCACCAAAUAGCAGGAUGUUGGCCUAAAUCUGAAAGAUGGGCUAAUAACUGAAUUAAACAACGUGACCACAGACCCCUUGAACUAAGAAAUAGAAGCGUAGAGUAAAAGCCAACGUGGCUUCUAUUUUAGUGAAGUUCAUUUUUUUUUCUUUUAGUCCUGGGAUUUAGAUAUGAAAACCCAGGUUAUAAUCAUUGUUUAAGUGCAGUAAUGUGUUUGCUGAUUCAAUUCAAGGUGGGUGUAAAAGUUAUUUGUUAUACUGAAGGAAUUGUGUAAAAGUGAUGUAUGGUCAGGUAAUACUGUUGUUUAAUCUUGUCCUUUGUGUACACUUGUAGUGAAAGUAGAGAAACAAAGUGAGUGUACUCCUGAAUUGUAACAUGAAAUGUAUCUUUUUAAAAGAGACAACAUUCCUCAUUUAAAUUGGCCUGCAUUUUGCAAGAGGUUAGAAAAGUUUUUGUUUCUCUGUUUGGUUGGUCUGUAAUGAGUAUUAAUGGAAACAUUUUUAUUUCUGUUCAAAAUACUAUGGAGUCUUAUUAAUGUGCGUAUAAUCAUAAAAUGCAGCCUCUUUAGACCAAUAGCAGGAAUUCUGUCUACUUAAAUGAUGAAAAUGUGAAUGGGGAAAUUGUAAUUUAUUUCUAUAAAGAAAUAAAAGUGA